AAACGGUCUCGCGCGGAGGCACAUGGUUACGCGGUUUAAAGGCGGCCGCGGGUAUUUAAUCGUCGCGCGUGAGAUGUCGAAGCAGCGCCCGACGAGGAGCGCGAAGGCGCCGAGGGCGGCGAGCACCGACGAUCCAUCUACGGGACCUGUGGUCUUAGAUAAAGACGGAAAUGUUGCGAUUAAAAUUCAGGCCAAACCCGGAGCGAAAUGUAACAACGUAACCGAUAUUUCCGACGAAGCGGUAGGCAUUGCAAUCUCCGCCCCGCCAACGGAAGGUGAAGCUAAUGCCGAACUCGUCAAGUAUUUAGCUUCGGUUUUUGGAGUAAGAAAAUCCGACGUAUCCUUGAACCGGGGAUCUCGAAGUCGGCAGAAGGUGGUUGUAGUGUCGGGAACUACAGCGGAUCAAGUUUUGGCGAAGUUGAAAGGGGAGAUGGAUAAUUAAAUGUUGCUCAAAAAUAAAUUUUUCCAUCACGAAAAA